GAUUCGUCAUUCGAUUUAGUUCACCAAAAAUUCAUGGUCGGUGCUUUUACUGAAGUACAAUGGGAAGAGAAAGUUAUUCCAGAAUUGAUGAGGUUAGUUCGAUCAGAUGGAUGGAUCGAGAUCUCAGAAGCUGAUGCUAUACUUAUAUCUGAUGGAACCGUUACAAGGAGAAUUGCAAAAGCUUUUCAUGAUUUUUUGGUAUCUAAGGGAAUAAACCCUUCAAUUGGAAAAGAAAUUCCGCGUAUUUUUGAAAACUCAAAUGUGUUUUCAGAAAUUAAACAUCAACAAAAAACUAUAAAGCUUGGUAAAAAGCAUGGUGAAUCUGGUAAAGAGUCUCUAAGAUUUUGUGUUAGUGGUCUCAACUCUGCUAGAGGUACUUUAGCGACCUCGAUGAAUAUAAUACCCGAGCAUUAUGAUGCUCUCCUAGAAACAAUGUAUAUUGAAGCAGAAAAAUGUUCUACUGAUUUUAUUCAACAUCGAAUUUGUGCUCGCAAAAUUUAA